GGUCUCCGGUUCGAGUCCGGGCGACGCCAAUAAUAAUUUAUUUUUAUUUUUCCCCUUAAUCUGGCUUGUUCCAAGCAAUCAAAAAUUAAAAUCCGACAGCAGAGGGAACUGAAGGAGCGUGGUGGACCAGAUCAACUCUUCUGCAUCUAGUCUUUGAAAAGAACAAGAUAGUCAAUCUGUAUUCAUUCCAAUUCUAACUACACCUUCUUCCCUUCUACUCCCCCUUAUCUCCUGAAAACUCUCUAAUCUAAUUUCCCCAAAUAUCUAAUGGAAUCAAACCGAAAAAGAAUAUUCUCCAGAGCCAAACGGAAAGCCGACUUAACCGCCGUCCUCCGAAAAUCAUGGUACCAUUUAAGGUUGUCGGUACGCCACCCCACUAGGGUUCCAACAUGGGACGCCAUCGUUCUAACAGCUGCUAGCCCCGAACAAGCCCAACUCUAUGACUGGCAACUCAAACGGGCCAAGCGAGUAGGCAGGAUCGCUUCUUCCACUGUCACUCUCGCCGUGCCUGACCCCGAGGGUCAACGGAUCGGAUCCGGGGCUGCCACGCUCAAUGCCAUUCACGCCGUCGCUCAACAUUACGAGCGAGUUAUUCCAUUUGAAAAUGGAGGGUGUUGUGGAGAUAGUUUGGUUAGUUUGAUGGGUAAAAAACAUAUUUUGUUGCUUCAUGCUGGUGGGGAUUCUAAAAGGGUUCCAUGGGCGAAUCCAAUGGGUAAAGUUUUUUUGCCGCUUCCUUACUUGGCUGCUGAUGACCCUGAUGGUCCCGUCCCCUUGCUUUUCGACCAUAUUCUUGCAAUUGCUUCUUGUGCCCGACAAGCUUUUAAAAACGAAGGUGGAAUAUUUACCAUGACUGGAGAUGUUCUCCCAUGUUUUGAUGCCUCCACUUUGAUUCUUCCACCGGAUGCAUCUAGCAUUGUUACUGUGCCUAUAACACUUGAUAUUGCUGCCAACCAUGGUGUCAUUGUGGCAUCUAAAACGGAAAUUCUUGAGGAAAGUUACACAGUCAGUUUAGUUAACAACCUUCUUCAGAAACCUAGUGUAGAGGAUCUUGUUAAGAAUCAAGCAAUACUAGAUGAUGGUAGAGCUUUGCUUGACACUGGAAUAAUAGCUGUUAGAGGUGAUGCAUGGGUGGAGCUUGUAAAGCUUGCUUGUUCUUGCCACCCGUUGAUUUCAGAGCUUCUGAAAGGCAAAAAGGAGAUGAGUUUGUAUGAAGAUCUUGUGGCAGCUUGGGUACCUACAAAGCAUGACUGGUUACGACAUCGCCCCUUGGGUGAAGCAUUGGUCAGCAAAUUGGGAAAGCAAAGGAUGUUCAGCUAUUGUGCCUAUGAUUUGUUGUUUUUACAUUUUGGAACUUCAAGCGAAGUUUUGGAUCACCUUAGUGCAUCUGAUUCAGCACUUGUGGGUCGGAGACACUUAUGUUCCAUACCAGCAACCACUGUGUCAGACAUUGCAGCAUCUGCUGUUGUUCUGUCUUGCAAAAUUGCAGAUGGUGUCUCAAUUGGUGAAGAUUCGCUAAUAUAUGAUUCAAACAUUUCAGGUGGAAUACGGAUUGGUUCCCAGUCUAUAGUUGUUGGUAUUAAUGUUCCAGAGGACAGUGAUAGAAUGACAGAUAAUUCAGUAAAGUUUGUGCUUCCUGACCGCCAUUGUCUGUGGGAGGUUCCUUUGUUAGGAUGUACUGAAAGAGUGAUUGUAUUUUGUGGCAUCCAUGAUAACCCAAAAAAUCCUCUUACCAAAGAUGGCACAUUUUGUGGGAAACCCUGGGAGAAGGUCAUGCUUGAUUUAGGUAUUCAGGAAAAUGAUAUGUGGAGCUCAACUUGCAGUCAGGAUAAGUGCUUGUGGAAUGCAAAAUUGUUUCCCAUUCUUUCUUACUUUGAGAUGCUUAGUCUGGGAAUGUGGUUGAUGGGCUUGAGCGAUGAAAAAAACCAAAACUUUCUUCCCUUGUGGAGAAACUCCCGGCGUGUCAGUUUGGAGGAAUUGCAUGGAUCAAUUGACUUCUCAAAAAUGUGCAUUGGAUCCAGUAAUCAUCAAGCAGAUAUUGCAGCUGGUAUUGCCAAGGCUUGCAUUAACUAUGGCAUGGUUGGGCGCAAUUUAUCUCAAAUGUGUGAAGAAAUUCUACAAAAAGAGAUUUCCGGAGUCAAAAUAUGUAAAGACUUCCUAGCCCUUUGUCCCAAACUUAUUGAGCAGAAUUCUAAGAUUCUUCCCAAAAGCAGGGCAUAUCAGGUGCAAGUUGAUCUUCUUCGAGCAUGUGGAGAGGAAACAAAAGCUUGUGAGUUAGAGCACAAAGUAUGGGCUGCGGUUGCUGAUGAAACUGCAUCAGCAGUUAGAUAUGGUUUUGGAGAACAUCUCUUGGAAUCCUCUGGCAGCAAGUCUACUUCUGCCUGUGGGAACAAUAACCAUGGUGGCUCCAUGGAUCAAUCUUUUCAUUCAAGAACAGCAAAAGUUGAGUUACCAGUUCGAGUAGAUUUUGUUGGUGGCUGGAGUGAUACACCUCCAUGGAGCUUAGAGCGUGCUGGCUGUGUUCUUAAUAUGGCAGUGAGCUUGGAAUGUUCUCUUCCAAUUGGCACAAUUGUAGAGACAACAAAUUCAAGUGGAGUGUUGAUUAUCGAUGAUUCUGGAAACGAGCUACAUAUUGAAGAGCUUACUUCAAUUACUCCUCCUUUUGAUGGCAAUGAUCCUUUUAGGCUUGUGAAAUCUGCCCUGCUGGUGACUGGAAUUAUUCACGAAAACAUACUAGUAUCUAACGGCUUGCAAAUAAAGACAUGGGCUAAUGUGCCUCGGGGCAGUGGCUUGGGAACUUCUAGCAUCUUAGCAGCUGCUGUUGUGAAAGGACUUCUCCAGAUUAUUGAUGGUGAUGAUAGCAAUGAAAAUGUUGCCAGACUUGUUUUGGUACUAGAGCAGCUCAUGGGAACGGGUGGUGGGUGGCAGGAUCAGAUAGGAGGUCUGUAUCCCGGGAUAAAAUUUACUACCAGUUACCCUGGAAUACCAUUGCGCCUACAAGUCUUCCCUCUUGUGGCAUCUCCUCAAUUGAUUUCUGAAUUGCAGCAACGGUUGCUUGUGGUAUUUACAGGUCAAGUUCGACUUGCACAUCAAGUCCUACAAAAGGUAGUCCUUCGGUAUCUUAGACGAGACAACCUUCUCGUAUCCAGUAUCAAGCGACUUACUGAAUUAGCUAAGAUAGGGAGGGAAGCUUUGAUGAACUGCGAUAUAGAUAAGCUAGGGGAGAUUAUGUUGGAGGCUUGGAGGUUGCAUCAAGAACUUGAUCCUUACUGCAGCAAUGAAUAUGUUGAUAAACUCUUUGCUUUCGCUGACCCCUACUGCUCUGGCUACAAGCUUGUGGGAGCAGGUGGUGGGGGCUUUGCAUUGUUACUCUCCAAAGAUGCCACAUGCGCCAAAGAAUUGAGAAGCAUGUUAGAGAAAAACCCAGAAUUUGAUUCAGUAAUCUACAAUUGGAGCGUCUACUAAUUAUAGACUAUAGAAAAUUAUCAUU